AGAACUUUAGUAACAAACAAAACAAAGAUCAGCUGACGCUAGUGCGACGCAGUUCACGAAAAUUAAAAAAAUAUAACGUUAUUUGAGUGUAUUCAUAGGUCAACUGCGACAGAAGAGAAGUAAAAACAUGAUGUAGUUGUUGGAAGGAAUAGCUAAGUCUGUAGCUUUGUGGAAAUUGAACUGAAGACAAGUGAUUCUUGGUAGUUUAUGAAUAGUGAAAGAAAGUCUGGCUUGAUCAUGUCAUCAGCCAUGUCUGGGGAGAGUGGCCGAAGCUCACGACCAUCUGUGGGCCAACAAGUGCGUCCAGAACCUGUGAUAGAGAAGACUUUUGUGGAAAAUGUGGCUGGCUUCAUAAAUGAGGUUGUACCACAAACCUACAGCAAUCCUUCUCAUUAUGAGGGAAAAGAAACUAUCAGUUGGGUGCGAUUUGAUCAUUGUGAUAUCAAUGACUUGGCACAGUUUCGGGAUAAGAUAGAAGUUAAUGGAAAUUCUCCUCCUCUCCUCCUGAUUGUUGGUUAUGCAUGUGGUGUACAGGUAUGGGUGAUUCCUGUGAAUGGAGAGGCAGUGGAGGUUUUAUCUUGGAGGCAGGGUGCUGUACGGACCCUUAAAGUUCUUCCCUCUCCUACUACAUCAUCGAGUGCUGUAGAUAUUUAUUCUCUUAAAAGACCUAUCAUCGCUCUCUGUGACUCGGCUGGUCCUGGCCCUCAGUUUUGUUCAGUGACAUUCAUCUCCCUCAAGACUGGUGAACAGGUAUAUGAUCUUUUGGAAUUGAUUUUAUUGCAAAUGUUUCUGAGUUGUGUUAUUGACUGUCGUGAUCGAUAUAGAGCAUUUAGUAAUUUUCAGCUUUAUUGA